CUUCCUUGUUCGGAAUGGCCGUUCCGUAUUGGUUCUGCUUUAUUUUGUCACUGGGAUUUAUAUAUUGCUACGAAAAUGUAGCGUUACAUAAACCAGCAUGGCAGCAACAUGUCUGGCCUUCUAAACCCUAUGAUGUGGAGUGGGGAGCAGCAAAGGCUGUGGACGGACUGUAUACUGACCGCUCAGCAGGGGGAACUCAAUGUACUCAAUCAGGCCCGAGUCAAACAACAGCGACGUGGAGAGUGGACCUGGGGAGUAUGGUCAGCAUCAGUCACGUUAACAUCUACUACAGGACGGAGAAUCAUCCGAGCCCCGGUGCGUAUUAUAAUCGAUUUGCUGGAUUUUUCCUGUACGUAUCCAACACUACGUCAAAGGAUGACGGCCAUCUUUGUUUCCAUGAGAUACAGACUGUGGACCGUACACGAGUAGAGAACCAGACAAUAAGUUGUUCUGUUCAUGGACGAUAUGUGAUAUACUACAACGAACGGAGACCGGGUGUUACCUACCCUAGCUACUACUCACGAGACGCAUAUAAUGAACUAUGUGAAGUGGAAGUUCAUGGGUGCUCUGACCCAACAUUUUACGGAGAGAACUGUGACCAACCGUGUCCCGAUAAAUGUCAAGAGAAGAGGUGUAACAUCAGUACGGGAUACUGUCUGGGCUGUAUACCGGGUUAUCAAGGUCUUCGCUGUAGUCAAGUGUGUGAUAAACAGGCGUAUGGGCUGGGAUGUUCGUCAUCAUGUGGGAACUGUAGCGAUGGGGAGCCAUGUCACUAUCAAAACGGCACGUGCCCUCGGGGAUGUAAUGCAGGGGUAUAUGGGGAGAAAUGCCAGAUACCAUGCCAAACUGGUUUUUAUGGAAAGAACUGCGGACAUAGAUGCAGUGAGAACUGUGAAGUGACAAACCGUUGUAGCAGAUUUACUGGGGAGUGUGACGGGGGCUGUAAACCGGGAUGGAAGAUGCCAACAUGUCAGCGAGAAUGUGACGGUGGCAUGUACGGCGCAGGCUGCACACAGAAAUGUGGUUCCUGUCUAACCAACAAACAGUGUCAUCAUGUUAACGGCACGUGUUUGAUUGGCUGUUCUUCAGGAUACCAGGGAGGACAUUGCAAGGAGAACUGUCCCAGUGGGUAUUUCGGUAUCAAUUGUGAGAACAGCUGUACCGUGUACUGUGGUAGAAAUGGUAGUUGUGAUCAGACCACCGGGAUAUGUGAUGGAGGAUGUGAGGAGGGGUGGAGCGGGCCUCUCUGUGGUACAGAAGAGUUAUCAUCCCGCGUUACAAGUUGUACAGAUGACAACACCGCCACCAUCAUAAGUAUUGUAGUAUCUAUUUUUAUAGUGCUUAUUGGAAGUAUCAUCAACUUCCUGAUGUGGAAGAUAAAUCAGACAGAAUACGCAAAGAAAGGAGAAAACUGUAGAAGUGAAACAAGGAGUGCUCACAAUUCAGAUAUACCAAGCGGUUCAAAUCGUGUUGAAUCCCCGUAUGCAGAACUGGGAGACCGUGACAAACCGAACACGUACGAGGAACUUCACCAUUAUACCGACUCUAAUGGGAAAGUCUAAGACGAGUUAUAUGUACUGCUGUUAUUUCCACUGUACUUAGUUUUCUAUGAUGAACUUUCACAUAGAACGUAGCCGGAAAAGUCUAAGACGAAGAUAUAUAUUAUUUUUACUGCAUUUAUUUCCACCGUAUUUAGUUUUCCAUGAUGAACCUUCACAUAUAAUGCAGUACAGUUUUGACGUCGAACGUCCAAUGUAUUUCAUUUUGUUGUCCACAAGGCUGACCGUUGAUGAGUGUGUUUGUUAUUUUGAAUGCAAUCUAAUGUCUCAAUGAUUUAUGAACAUAUGACGGGAGUACGUGGGAUAAAACUGUUGAAUAAUUACUUAUAUCUUACAUGAACGAGGUGAAAAUGUCUUUAUUUAUAUCUUUUUAAUGUAUAUCUAUAUUGCUAUAUUAUCAUCGGUGGCCAAACGACUAUAUCCCAUGGUAAAAUGACUGUGAUUAACUGAGGACUCACGGGAAAACAUCAUAUAUUGUAAAUGUAUGUAUUGAAAUAUAUCAAUGUUAUUUUCAUUAGUUUAUUGAAUGAAAGAAGUACUUGCGGUUUCGGCGAAAUUCUGCCAAGCUUUUAUGGGGAAAAAUUAGUUUGCGUUGCAGAUAUUUUCUUCUUUGAUUUUUAAAAGAAAAACUCAUACAGGUACUUACUCUCAAACACAUAUGGAAAAUGAACUCAUAUAUGCGCAUGCGUAUUACAUAAUCAAAUAAAUUAAGGGUCAUUAAACAAUU